AUGGUGAAGCGCCGCAGAGUACCGACUAAAGGGGCUGAUGAGGCGCCCAAGGAGGAAGACCCAUUGCAGUGGUCGCGGGGUCAGCGCAAGCGCAGAGUUCGGAAGGAGGCACUCAUACGAAAGCAACAGUUCGCAGCUGAGCAGGUCCGAGCCAAGCAUAUGAAAGAGGCGAAGUUGAAGGAUAAGAAAAACGUCCUUGCGAAUUUACAGUCGUUGAGGGGGUCAUUGAAACUAGACUUACAAGAGGAGGGGUCGAAGAAAUCGCGGCCAAAGAAAAUACACAAGUUGGCUGCUAAACCCAAGACGAGAGCGGCUCAGCACAAACAGAAUCUUAGAGAGGUCCUGCAAUACAAGAGUGCCACCGUCCUCUCGCGGCGAGCCCUUAGUAUGGCCCAGGCCUCGCCCCAUGGGUACACACCACGAUGGGCCUCUGCGAAGAACUUUGCUGCCUCCAAAGAAGAGUUGAACUCCCACAGGACGAAUCUUCCUGCGUCUAUGGAUAAGGCGAUCAUCUUUAGUAAAUCAUUCACCUCUUUGGUACCCAUCACACAACCUAUACACCUUCAGCAACGAACUGACGUCUACUAUGAGACAGAGUUGGCUCUCCUCAUCACCAAACAGCUCCUCCGAAGUCCUCCGGGAUGUCCACCACAGGACUGCCUGCCAUCAGUCGGGGGCAUCGCCAUCGCCUUGGACCUCACUUUGAAGGAUGUGCAGAACUCUUGCAAAACGGCGGGCGGGCAUCUCCUCUCACAGCUGACCAAGUCCUUCACCCUCUUACCUGGGGACAUCAUCCUCACUGGCACGCCGGUGUUGCCUCUAGGCCCCGGCCCCCUCAAACCUAACAUGCUACUCGAACUCAGCAUCCAACCCUCCAUUGGAACCGUCACCACUCGGACGUCCUAG